AUGGGUAGUUACAGUGAUAACGAAGAUGAAUUUUUUGACGCCCGUGAGGCGUUUUCUUCAAUGUCUGACUCAGGCUCCAAUUGUUCCCCAGAAGACUAUUCUACCUCUGGAUUUGAUUAUGAUUAUUGGUUUGGGAAUCUGGAAAAGGGUUUAGAGAGACUAGAGCGUGCAAGGUUCUAUGGGAAAACUUAUGAUGAGGUUGCUGGAGCAGAAGAACUUGUUGUCAGAGUGGUCUCUUCUGUGGACAAGAAGUUGGAAGUCAAGCAACGAUUUCUUGAGAUCUUUCAAGAGGAAAAUUACCUUGUGGAGUUUGGGUAUAAGUCUAAGGUUAUAACAACCCAUGCUCAUGUAGAUACUCACAUCUGGCGAAAGAUGGUACAGGUUGUUGUGAAGGGGCAACUACAAGCUUAUUAUAAUUGGGCUAUUGCCAUAUGUGAUAGAGCCAAACUCCAUGGACGCACAAAGGAAGCUGAAGAAAUAUGGAAACAAGCAACAAAGAAUUGUGAAAUAGCCAUCAAACUAAAUUGGAACAAUCGACAGGCUCUUAACAACUGGGGACUUGCUUUACAGGAAUUAAGUGCAAUUGUUCCUGCCCUUGAAAAACAGACUAUAAUAAGAAGUGCAAUCACUAAGUAUGGAUUAGCAGAAGACACAUCAAGAACUGGAGUACCAGUUGUUAGGAAUGAGAUUCCUUUCAAUGAAUUAUACAGUCAAUAUGCUAUCUAUAUAGCAUGGGAUGGAGAAGGGGCAACAUGUGUGAUAGAGGUGGUAAUUUAUGGGAGGGAUCCAAAUUGGGGGCCGAUAGCCUGUGCUGUAGGGUCAACAGCUAGUAAUUACCGGAAAGAGGCUGGUAAUGCUCAUGGCACUGUCAAAUUCAAAUAUCCAUAGUUGAACAAUUCGGACGGAAGGGAACAGAGGAAGAAUAUGAGGACGAGGGGGACUAUGAACAAAAGUUGCAUUCAACUACAAAUAAAAACUCGGUAUAAUUUAGACUUUUGUGUGGUACAUGUUUUUUUUAACAUCAGUCAUGGAUAUGUUACCUAAAGUAAGACCUCUUAAUCCUAAAAUUUAUAUGUAUGAGACAAGUCUUGAGCAAUUAAGAGCUGAAAGUUGUAAUAAACUCAAAGUAAAAUCUUACUAUUAUGAAACUCUCUUGGUUAAACCUACCUUAUUGACCUGUAGUUGAUUACAAAUUAAUUUAAUUAUGUAGGUUUUGAAGUUUCUGAUGGAAAAGAAUAGUGUUAAUGCUCUUCAUAGAAAAGUAUGUUGGUAUUUUACGAAAUUUGGCUAAUAAUUUAGUUAAUUAUAAAAAAAACUGUUGAAAUGUUACAUUUUUC